AUGUCGUAUCGCUUUGCUCGUCCGCUGCUGACGAUGCUGUUUGUGCUGGCCGUCGCUGGGACCUCGUUCGCCGAAGAGAAAGCGAAGCUCAAAGGCUUGCUCAUCACCGGCGGUUGCUGCCACGAUUACCCUGCCCAAAUCAAGAUCAUCACCGAAGGCCUCAGCCAACGCGUCAACAUCGAGUGGGAUGUCGUCAUCGCCGGCGACGGCCGCCAGGUGAAAGUGCCGGUCUACUUGAAUCACGACUGGAUCAAACCGUACGACGUUGUCUUCCACAACGAAUGCUACGGCCACGUCGACGACGUCGAGUUCGUCGAAGGGAUCGUCAAAGCGCACACUGAAAACAACAUUCCGGCCAUCUUCGUGCACUGCUCGAUGCACAGCUAUCGCAACGCAAAGACCGACGAGUGGCGCAAGCUGAUCGGCAUGCGAAGCACCAGCCACGAAGGCAAGCAUCCGCUAGACAUCGUCACGCUCGAGUCGGAUCACCCCAUCAUGCAAGGCUUCCCUAAAGAUUGGAAAGUCGACCGCGGCGAGCUCUACAAGAUCGAAAAGACUUGGGACUCCGCCACCCCGCUCGCCAAAGCUUAUGGGGUCGACACCAAGAAGGAUCACAACGUCAUCUGGUGUAACGAGUACGACGGCACGAAGAGCUUCUCGACCACGCUCGGACACUACAACGAGACGAUGAACAACGAUGUUUGGCUGAGCCUCGUCGCUCGCGGAUUGCUUUGGACCGUCGAUGGCUUGAACGAAGAUGGCACGACGAAACCAG